CACAGCAGCCUGGGUUUGCACCGUCUCGCUGCGAAAGCGCAAAUCUUCGAACUCGUGGACAAACACUCGGCUCUGAGUGAAGACGAUGGUGGGAGGGCUGAACUGCGUCAGCAAAUCGUAGAGAUCUCAACCAACACCAACGUCAUCUCACCGUUCACCUCCUUCAUCGGCGUUGACCCUGACAAACAAGUGCUCCGUAUUCCUUACCGUCGGCUCCUUGCUGUGCUUGUCUUUCAGCUUCGUCGGCUUUUCCAAGUUGGCAACUCCGUGUGCAGCCCCUAUGAUGUUCUGCGCAAGUGCCAAUGGUGA